AUGACCAUCAUUGUCCCGUAUGCUGCUGAUUGUUCGGUCAGAAAAGAGCUGACGGCGUCUGCUGAAAAAGGCCCAGAGACAAUCGGCUCGCUGAACGGCCACUAUUUAGGGGGCUUUACCUUUGUCAACAGUGCCGAAUGCCUCAGAGGGGCCAAUAUGGCCUCACAUGAAGGAGAAGAGAGCGGGAGAACGGCAGAGGCCCUGUGCCUGGAGAUCCGGCCCCUGCAGAGGGCUACACUCGGGGUCAGACUAGCCCACAGAAAGACUUUCAGUCUGGACUACACGGACACCCAUCGUCAGGCAGACUGUGAGCUCUGGGAUGGACAUACACUGAGGUCUAGAACCAAUCAGCAGGCCUCUGAUUCCCCAUGCCCUCCCGUGAUGCUUUCCAGGAGGUCUGGUGUUAUUGGUAGAGGCUCUGGCGAGGAUCAGGAAUUGAGCCGCAGAGCUCAUCUGAUAUCUCUCAGCAGCUCUGAGGAGGAACUGGAGGCUGAUGGAGCUCCAGCAGGGCUCAACGGGGCUUCAUCCCAGCUCACCAUCUCUCCCACGGGGGAACGACAUCUGAGUAAGAUAGAAAGAAGGAGGAUGAGGAGCCUGAGGAGGAGACAGAGAAGGAGAGAGCGUUGCCGACUAGAGAAUCUGCAGAAUUUGAAUGUUAAUAAUGCAUUAGUAAACCCGUCCAGCAGCAGCAGUGAGGAUGAGGACGAGCAUGAGGGCUUCAUCUGUGCUGUGUGUCUGGAUGUUUAUUUCAGCCCGUACAUGUGUCACCCCUGCAGCCACGUCUUCUGUGAGCCCUGCCUGCGGACACUGGCCAAAAACUGCCCCAGCAACACACCUUGCCCACUCUGCAGAACCACCAUCACACACGUCUUCUUCCAGAAGGAACUGAACCAUACAGCUCGUACCUUUCCAAAGGAAUACCUGUCUCGGAAACAGAAUUUCCAGAAAGCGAACUGUGCAAAAUGGCCUCUUCCAAGCUGUCGUAAACUCUUUCGGAUUUUUGGAGGCUUUCAAAGGCAGGCAAGUCCAAUCGGCAGACGCCAGUUCCCUCACGGCAGCUACCGGCUUGAUGCCUUCAACUUUGAGGAUGAUUCGCAUGGCUGGCGAUUUGACAUGGACAUGGUGAUCAUCUAUAUAUACUCCGUCAACUGGGUCAUUGGCUUCAUUAUCUUCUGCUUCUUCUGCUAUUUCUUCUUCCUCUCCUUUUAA